AAUCUUUUAAUCUGGACAGCAGUUGUUCAGCUCUGGGGGUUUAGCCAUAACGUCUCAUAUGAAGAGAGAUGGAGAGCAGUACAGGAUAUCAACACUGGCGCUGUGGUCACUCAGUUGCAGCAUCAGUUGCAGGAACUGAGUGAGAGAGAACGCAGAGCGCGAAUCCAUAACAAGAAACUUUUGCAAGAUUUCCAGAGAGCACAGAACACCCUCAGUGACUUGGUGGCUCAGACUGAGACCAUGAACACCAUAAGGAUAGAGUAUGAGAAGUACUUAGAGGAGAACUAUCCUAAAUGGCUGCAGAAACUGCAAGACAAGAGGUUGUCUCAACAGCAAAAGAUGAUAAAUCAGCAUCUAAAGGCCUGUACGUCACAGACAGAGGAAGAAGGUCAAAGGACAGGGAAACAACAUUCCAUAAAUUCUACAUUUUCUUCAAUGAAGUUAACCCAGCUACAGCCUCCAGUAACUGAACUGGAGCAGAGUAUCAUCUCCAAAAGCACAAAAAACAUCCAAAAUGUGCACCAAGCUUUUAAUUCACCUUUGCCUGACCCUAGCCUAUUAUCUGGUGAUGCACUCCACAAUCUUUACUCAGUAGUUCUGCAAGAACCCCCUUCAUACGGCCAUUUAAGGCAAUAUCCAAACCUCGAGGGAUCUUGGAGUGAAAGGUUUACCCUGAGCGUUCAACGUCCUACUGAUUGUCUUUCUUGGCCACGGCUGCCUUUGAUUAAAGGAGAUAAGAAUGGAAAAGAGGGAGAAGGAAUUCAGAAAGAUGCACCAUUAAACUCUCAGGGUGAAAAUCAUUACAUGCAGAAGCAAAGGAAGAAAGUCAACAGCAUGAACAGUAAGGCAGCUGCUCAUAGCCUCUCAACUGAAGCUCAGAUGAGAAGAAAUAAGAGGAGCGAAGAAAAGGGGACACACAAGACAAGGAAUGAGGGUACGUCCUCGAUGUCAAGCAGUCAGUCUAUUCCAAAGCACAAGAGAAGUAAGCACUCUGAUAGCAGAAAAACUGCAUUCAAGAAAAAAGUUGCUGGAGAGUCUCCUAAACAGUUACUGAAAGAGAAGGAGGAUGAUGAAACACUCUCAAGCAUUUCCUAUACAGAUGAGACAAGAGGGAUGCAGAGAUAUACAGAGACAGAAGAUGAGAUAGGCGAGGAAAAAGAGAUGUUAAGUACUGAAUGGAAGCAUGUGAAUGAUGGAAUAAACAGACAUUCAACUCAAAAUAGUGAGAAGAAAGCAAAUCUGUGUGAAGAACAGAAAAAAGAAGGAGAUGUUGAAAAAUAUGGAAAACAGAGCAGUACAGAUGAAAAAGCUUUAAGAAGCAACACAUGUGUUAAGGAAUCUGUUUUGGAGGUGGAAGAAGUAGUAGAAGAGGAGGAGGAAGAUAGGGAGAAGGGAGAUGAAGAUGAGAAGAGCAGCGUCUCAGAAAAUAGUAGCAAAGGAGAGGAAAUUGAAUCUAAUCAAGAAAGAAAUGUCAACAAAGGCUUCACAUUAGAUUUAGAAAGCAACAUCCAGGACAGUGAUGAUGAUGAUGAUGAUGUGAUAGUAGAAAAAGCAUGCUCAUGGCCAUCUCAUCCUGAUUGUAAAGAUACUAAUUAUCAGGAUGAUGAUGAUGAUGAUGAUGAUGCUGAUGAUGAUGAUGAUGAUAAUGGUGGUGAUGGCAAUGACAAUGACAACGAUACUGAUAAUGAUGACAAUAAUGAUGAUAUUGAAGAUCUUCUUACACCACAGAGCUUCUCUAUGCAAUACCAGAAAGAAGAAAAGAAAAUAAAUACUCAAAUUAAAAGGUACCAGUAACUGCCCAAACCAUGUAGUCAUUGUAUAACCUACAUUAAAUUCAAGAGUAUUGUCGUUAAUGCAUAAAAAUAACUUGGGCCAUUUUAUGUUUUUAAUGUAAUAAGGUUACCCCAGUAGCUCCAAGCUACAUAACUUUUUAAAAAGUAUUUCCAUCAAAAACAAACUUUACAUGUUAAUGAACACAUGUUCUGGUUGUGGUAAGUUGAAACUAGUAUGUGUUUUUUGAUAAGGGGUUGCAAUGCCCUCACCCAGGAUGACAAUGAUGAAAAUGUUCUUAUGAGAAAAUUUGGACAUACAUGUUAAGUCUACAUCAUUUUCUUCCAUCAUCAUAAUCAUCAAUACAGCACUGAAUGAGGAAUAUCACUCACAAAUGGACUAAAUAUCUCCAGCUUCAGAGACUUGUACAAUCACAAAAGUUUAAGGAUAUUUGUGUUUUAUAGUGACCCAACACCUUUUUAAAUAAAUGUGUUGUUUGUUCCUUUAAUUUCUUACCCAUCUGUGUAGAUCUACCUCACUAAUGAUGAUUUAAACAAACAUGACCUAAUUUUUCUUUAAUAACAUAAAAGUAUGUGAGCUCUCAGGUGUACGAUUUGCUAUCUGAGUUGGGUUACCAUCCUUCAUCAAGGGUUGCAGCUGCUACCAUGUGUCACCUGUGUAACCACACUUAUGAACAA